UUUUUUGUCACAUCCAGGAAAUAUUUUUGAACAUCCAUUUAGAAAUUUUAUUAUUAUCACUACUAAAGGACCUAAAACCGUAAAAAUCGCUAAUUUAUGUGUAAAGGAAAGAUCUUAUAUAUGACUUCAAAAGUUAACAAAAGCGGUACAUAAAUUUGUAUCACAUUUUCAAGUAAAUCCAAAAUAGUAAAAAAAAGUAUUUUUGAUUUGUAUUGUCAUUUUUGUUAAGUCUAUAGCAUGUAGAUUACGUCACAGAAAACAUACACUGGAAAUACUAUAUUGAUUAUGCCUUAUUUUUUGAAAAUAUUUAGUGGCGCGUGAAUUCACCACUGGUUUUAUCUGUGAAAGAAAACUUUAUUCUGGCAAGUCUAAACAAUAAUUAGUGUGUUCUUUAGUAUUCGUUUGUGCCUUGUGCAGUGAACGUUACAGUUCGUAAAAUAUUGCAUUUGAGAGGUAUUUUACUCAAAAGGCAUUAGAGGCGACUAUGGAGGAGAUCGUGAUGGAUGAGGACAAUAACAAUGAAAGUCAACAUAUUAACGCGGUCUAUAUUCCACCCGACCUGGAUACCUUGACUGACGAAGAAGAUAUGAACGAUAACAUGAACCUACAAGAGUUUGGAGAACCAAUUGAUAUAGUUGGAACUUUCGAGUUACAUACACCGAAUGAUACAGCUGUCCUUCCACAGCUCUGUAAUUCAUCAACUACUGAACCUGAAUGGGACUCAUCAGAUGAUGAAAACCUGGAAUUCAAAAGAAAACGUAUGCUUUCUGCAAACGGCAGGCUUGCUUCUACUGUCAAAUGGAAGAAAGGUGACACUAGUGGAGAUUCGAGCACAACGGCGUCGGGAAGUAGCUACGGCGAAGCUGAAGACAGCCACGAGGAGAGAACGUUUAACGUAGAAUGCGCUAAAGAAGAAAGAAAACCGCUCACGGGAUCCAUUACUGAGGCGGAAAGGCAAAAAGUCGAAACUUUUUUUAAAGGUCUCAAGACUCAGGUGUUUGUAAGCAAUUCCCUUGCCAAUUUGUAUACGAAAUACCCAGUGGAUGCAGAAUGGCAGCUGAAAUAUAUGGGGAUACCGGUGGUGAUUUUAGAUACUGGGGAGGCGCGUGCAAGAGAUAAGAGGCGGAUUCAGAUUGCUCUGGCGGAACGAGGUACGUGCUUUAUGCUGUGGAGCGACACAAUCGAUAAUCUGUCGUCGUACAAAGUUGACGGUCCGUCGUUCCAUACGAUGCGAUAUUCGUGCGACCACACAAUGCAAGUCGGUUUCAGUUUCGACGCCGCCCAAGCAGCGGAAGAAAUGUGGGCCCAUAUCGAAUGCCUUGUCGCAUGUCCGGAAAACAUAUCCUUAUCUACCCCAGGAAAAAAGAAGAAAAAGAAGGAGAGGAAAGUGCAAAAACCCCCACCCUUGCCUCCGAAGUCGCAUAUAUCGCAGCCCUGUUGUUUCCAACACAUUACAUCCGUAGAUAGAGAAGAUACGGCUCGCUAUUAUUCUCUGCAGGAGCUCUUGCCAGCAGGAGCAGCAGACGAGACGUUACAUCAAUUCCAAGUGGAUUAAAAUCGGUGUUCAGAAUAUGUAAUAUGUACACAGAGUUGAGACUGAGAAGCUAUUGUUCAUAUUUUUUCGGUUUAAUUUGUACAAGGAAAAUCGUAUAGUUUUGCUUAUUAGUAAUUCACAUUAAAUUUGUAAAUUUGUAGAAAACAAAGUAAUUGUAAUUAUUAAAUAAUUUCACCUAUAGUUUGAAAGAAACUAUAUUGCUGUAGUGCUGAAAGUGGGCACUACUGGACCAAUUGGGCGGUAAAAACCCCUUUAGACUUUAAGUAGCCACCCGUAAAUGACGUUUAUUAGGUAGCGUUUAAUUGAAACGUCUUUAAUUGUUAACUGCAUUAAUUUCAGUCAAAUCAAUACAGUAUAAACUAGGGUUUCAUAUGCGAUCUGUGAUAUCGAAUUUAAGGAUUGGUAUUAAGUAUUUUAAUUGUGGAUAAGCAAAGGGAAGUUGGUUAGUUGUUUUAUUAGUGCUUCGGAAUUACACUAGCAUUAAAGUAAUUUAUUUUGUGCUUUAGACAUUAGAUUAAUAAAUAUUAUUUGUCUGAAAUGUAAAAAAAUAUUAUUCUUACACUAAUAAUAAUAAUAAAUACAGUUUAGCCUACUUGGACUCCAUACCUUCCAUCUAAAAUGAAAAUUAUGGAAACGCUACGUUGAUGAUUCUUUGGGCAUUUUGAGUCAUUUUCGAGAACCCUGCAAGAUUUUCUUAGCCAUUUAAACGCUAUAGACCCAGCUAUCGUUUUACUUUUGAAUUGGAAACUUAUAAUAAUCUUCUAUCACUGGUUAUGGAUUGUGUUGUUUAAAGUGCCGUAAAGCUACUUCGACCCUAGACACUGAAACCAGAAUGAAUACACCUUACAUCUGCUCUUCCCUUAAAUAAUUUCCACAUUAGGGAUCUUAAAUGUUACAUCACAAAAUACACUUCACCACAAUCUUCCUGAAACCCAACAUUUGCCACUGCUGUCCUUCCUUACUUUCAAUACUACAGAAAUAUAACGUUAAACAUUUUGGAUAUAUCAAAGAGAGAAUUCCGUUUGAGAUAACGGAUGAUUCAAUAAAAGUUUCCACAUUACUAUCCGAAAUAUUUUUGAAACGCCACUGUAUAUGUUUAUUAUCAUAUGAGAUUUCUAACCUCAACACAUAAACAAAGUUAGUCAUGGAGCAAUAUACGACUGAAUAACUUGUAAAAAUUGUGCAAGCCUAUUAUGAAAAUGGUGGGUCAAGAAAAAAUGCAUUUCGAGCUCUAAGUGAAUUUUUCGGGGCGCAAAAUCGACCUUCUGAGGGGACAAUUUGGAAUGUGCUUCAAAAAUUUGAGCGAACUGGAUCUGUAACUAACUUCAAAGUCCCUCAACGUGCUCGUGGAGGUUGGUCAGAUCAAAAUAUUGCCAUUGUUCGCGAAAGUGUAGCCGAAGAUCCAAACACAUCGAUUCGUCAUCGAUCGCAGCAAGUGGGCCUUACGUAUUCAACUACACAGCGAAUUUUAACAAAAGACUUGACACCCAUAUAUAGUCCAAAUAACUCAGGAGUUAAAAUCUCGAGAUCGUCAACAGCGCCGGGUGUUUGCAGAAUGGAUACGAGAACAAGGGGUUCAUUUUUCAACGAAAAUCAUCUUUAGCGAUGAAGCACAUUUUAUUUUGUAUUUGUGUUUAGGGAUUAGAAAAUCGAAGAGAGAUUGUUCAAAAAGCAAUGCAUCCUCAAAAAGUGACUGUUUGGUGCGGUGGAAUAAUUGGCCCUUUUUUUUCGAGGAUAAUGCGGAGAACGCUGUUACGGUUAAUGGUGUUCGCUAUCUAAACAUGAUAGCUGAUUUUUUCUGGGAGCAGUUGGAAGGUGUGGACAUUGAAGAUUUGUGGUUCCAACAGGAUGGAGCCAAUUGCUGCAGAGAAGUUUCAUGGUCGGAUUAUCUCACGUAAUGGCGAUAUCAAUUGGCCGCCGCGAUCACGUGAUCUUACUCCCCUAAUUUUUUUUUUGGGGUAUCUAAAAAGCAGAGUGUAUAGAAAUAAACCAAACACUCUUCUAGAGCUGAAACAGGAGAUUAGACGCGAAAUAGCGGGCAUAGAACCUGAAUUGUGUCAAAAAGUGAUAGGAGAUUUCAAUAAACGAAUUACGUCAUGCCACAUGCCAUGAAUGACUACAUCUUUCAUACCUCAUUGUAAUACACCAAUCUAAAAUGGCAAAUAAAAAUGUUUGUAUAUUUUUAUAUUCUUCCGAGUUCUUUUUAUUAUUUGAAUUUACAGUAUUCCAUGCAUAUGCGGCAAAGAAUACAUUGGAGAAACAGGACGAAAAAUGUCAACUAGGGUAAAAGAACUUAAAACAGCCUUAAGAUUACUAAAGAUUAUUAAACUCAUCAGCAGUUGCCGAACACAAUUAUGAUACCGGACAUCAAAUCUUAUUGGAUUAAACUUAAAUUCUUGCAUGUAAUCAAUUCUUCUAUUAAAAUAAUCCGAAAAUUCAUAGAAGUCUAUAGGUAAUGCAACAAUCUUAAACAACAAACAGUAUAUACAAGCAGGUACAAAGUAGAAGGCGAUCCAGCUGGGCUUUGUAGAAACCCGCAGGAUGGUUGCCUAAACGUCAGCCAGUUUGCUUCAUUACCAACCGAAGCAGGAGGAAUCCAGAAGAUUUUUAAAUAAUAGACUACGUCUUGCUAAAAACUGGCCAAAACCUGCCCCAACCCGAUCAAAAAAUUAAGUAAUAGUGGUCACGGGUAAUAUGCUUUAAUGAAGAAAUAAAGAAUAUGAGAAAAAAAAUAACUGCCAUGAGAAUACUAGCUUACUAUAGCAAUAAAGA